AUGAUAGGCUCGGAAGUCAAACGUACUCAAGUCUUUGUUCAAGAUGUAUUUCGUCCCGAUACAGAUAACAACCCUCGGGAGGGUCAUAUUCCUCUCUGGCAGUCGAUGAAAAAGUGGCCUAGGGUCAUCGCAUACAAUGUUGUUUUGAGCUCUGCCAUUCUUUUGCAUGGCUAUGAUCUAGUCAUUGUGGGAACAGUGUCUGCGAUGCCGGCAUUUCAACAUCGCUUUGGAGAACAACUCGGUGACAGGUACAUCAUUCCAUCCAUAUGGCUAUCCCUCUGGAACGCUGCUGGUCCAAUUGGAAUGAUGAUCGGCUCCAUCUUCGGUGGACAUUUCCAAGAUCGCGGAGGACGCCGGCUCUCGCUCGCAACUGGAAGUUUUCUUUCAGCAAUCGCCGUCGCCAUAUGCUACGUUGCGGACGUACCUGACGCCAUAGAUUCGCGACGAGGGUUAUUCCUUGCUGGAAAGCUGUUUCAAGGAAUUUGUGUUGGUAUACUGCUGUGCGUGGUACAAACAUACAUGUCUGAAGUUUUGCCGGUGUUACUUCGAGGCCCCAUCAUUGCCUUUUUACCGAUUUUCACCCUCCUUGGGCAGCUAAUUGGGUCAAUCGUGGUAUAUACAUCGCUGAAGCAUAAGGGAGCGACGAGUUAUCGCAUCUGUUUUGCAUCACAGUGGCCAUUCUCCGCUGUUCCAUUUCUACUGGCGGUAAUGCUACCGGAGAGCCCGACAUGGCUAGUGAGGCGAGGAAGGGUGGAUAAAGCGGUAAAUGCGCAGCGGAGACUUGAUGGGCCUGAUGUUAAUUCGGAAGCAAUUAUCGACGAAUUGCGGACGUCCAUACUGGUUGAAGAGGAAGAAAGAAAGUCGCAAACAUAUGCGGACUGCUUCAAGGGAAUCCAUCUGAGAAGAACAGGCAUCGUCGCCUUCGCUAGUGCGCUGCCACAGCUCUUCGGCCUACCUCUCUUAGCUAAUGCAUCUUACUUCCUGCAGAUUGCUGGGAUGGGAUCGACCAACAGUUUGAUCUUUCUCAUUCUGGGCAUCGGGCUGGGUCUGAUUGGAAAUGUGGUCAGCUUGUGGGUGUUGAAUAGAUUCGGAAGACGGUUUCUAUCGCUGGCAACCCUAGGAACCGCCAUGGGCUUGUGGCUUGCAAUGGGCAUUGCAGGUUGCUUCACGGGGCCUAUUACCAUUUGGUAUUCUGCUGUCACAAUGAUGGUUAUCACCAUGGUUUGCGGCAUGGGGAUAUGGCCGGCCUCCCAUGUCGUGGCUGCCGAAACGUCGUCUCUACAAUUGCGAGCUAAGACACAGGGAAUAGGCUGGUUUAUUAGCGGCGUAGCUACAGGCGUAUUCUCUAUCAUCUUGCCUUAUAUCUACAACGCAGAUAAGGGAAAUCUCAGAGCAAAAACCGGGUUUGUCAUGGCCGGACUUGCAGCGGUCGGGAUCAUAGGGACAUGGUGGUCCGUCCCCGAGAUGAAAGGACGCUCCCCCAUGGAGAUUGAUCGCAUGUUUGCCUUGAAAUUGCCCACAAGGGCGUUUAAGCAUUGGAACGGUGAUGUGGUGUGA